AGCACCCCCUUGACCCCCCCCUCCAUCCGCCCCAGCAGCUGCAGCAACAAUUUAAUAACAAGACAAUACAGCAGCUAAAGCUUUACAGGUUAUAUCCACAACCCGUUAGCCAUUAAAAUCCACUACCCGUUAAACCAACAACCCUUCAUUUAUGUUCCUCCAAACACAAGGUUAUCCGUUCUCCAGUGCUUGGGUUCUUCCUCCGGCCCCGCUGCUCCGAUCCGAUAUCCCCAUCAAGUGAAGAUACUAGGAGAAGCUUACCCAAGCAAAAGGAAGAUUCUGAUGGCAGCAUCAAAGAUCCAGGCGUUUUGGAAUCAUCCUGCUGGCCCUAAAACCAUCCAUUUUUGGGCCCCAACUUUCAAAUGGGGCAUUAGCAUUGCAAAUGUUGCUGAUUUCACCAAGCCACCUGAGAAGCUAUCCUAUCCGCAGCAAAUUGCUGUGACUUUCACUGGACUUAUUUGGUCUCGCUAUAGCACAGUAAUUACACCUAAAAACUGGAACCUGUUCAGUGUUAAUGUUGCAAUGGCGGGAACCGGCUUAUAUCAACUUUACCGGAAAGUUAGCCAUGAUUACUCUUCUGAAGCACAAGAAUUACCUGCAAAUGAAUGAGAACAAAAUGCUUCAAGAUUCUGCAAGUCUCCAAUGCUUAAAUCAAAGUCUGAAUAUCUGACAGUCAAAAAUCAAUUGCUUGGGGACUUACAGGAAUGCUCCAAGUUCUUCAUUCGUGAUAUUCAGUCUGUUUUCUUGGUCCUAUUGUAUUUCUGAAGUAUACCAAUCAAACAUGAAGAUAAUUAUGUUGUGGUCUUCAAAAGAAGGAAAUAAAAUUCUUUUUCUAUUUUCUUUUUUAUAUA